CCAAAAUGAAAUCGGUUUUUGGACUACACUCGUAUUUCCUCAAAACCGUAUUCCCAACCGAAACUCCCUCAUUAUCCUCCCUUGUUUCGCCCUCUAAGCUUUCUAUUCUCACUUUGAAGGAAUUCUUGCUGGUUUACUCUGUUUCUGCAACUAGCAAAAGAAACAAGACACACAUUACCAAGCCAACACACAUCACUUUUAUGUUUUCUGCCUUUUAACUGAAAUAACAACUUCUUCCCUUGUAAUUAGUUGUUCACUCUUUUACCACUUGUUCAAUUCGUUAGCAUUAGUUAGAAGGGCAGAGAUUAAGCUAUACACAAGUUGUGAGCUCACAUCAGUCUUGAUUCUCUGCAACUAUGGAUUCUUCUCUUCAAUUUUCUGCUUCUAUGUUGACCUCGAAACACACUUCGAUGGCUACCCAAGACAGUGUCUCCCACUCCCCUCAUUCAUCCGCGCUGGAGAAGCAGUUCCAGGAUUUCCGCCACCACUUCGAUGAUUCCGGCUGCUUGCGUGAGCGUAUUCGGAGCGUUGCUUCGGAAAUUGAGUCCGCGGCCAGACUUAUGCACUCAAGCCUACUGCUUAUUCAUCAGUCUCGCCCCGUAACUGAGGUUUUGGAGAAGGCAAAAGGGCAGAUUGGUGUGCUGAAAGAGCUAUAUGGUAAGCUUGCAGAAAUUACGUGGGAAUGCCCUGGCCAUUAUUACAGGUAUCAUGGUGAUUGGAGGGGUAAGACACAGAAUGUAGUAUGGCUGCUUGCAUUCAUGCAUUGGUUAGAAACUGAGAGUCUUCUUCUGCAUGCAGAAGCUGAGGAAAAACUUGGGUUAAAGCCAUUGGAGUUUGGCCUGGAUAUUGAAGACUAUCUCAUUGGAAUUUGUUUUAUGUCCAAUGAUCUGCCUAGGUAUGUGGUGAACCAAGUGACUGCUGGUAAUUAUGACUGUCCAAGAAAAGUAUUGAAGUUCUUAACAGAUGUGAAUGCAGCAUUUCGCAUGCUCAACCUGCGGAAUGACUUUCUGCACAAGAAAUUUGAUGAGUUCACUACGACGUGAAAAUAAGAGGAUUGUCGAUGAACGGAAACUCAACAGGAGAGCAAGGAGACGGGCCACGGUCAUGAAUUAGGAUUACUUUUCACCCGACCUGAUCUCUUGACCUUUCUUCAUAUCUUUCAUGAUUUAGUUGUCUUUUUCACAUGGAAUCAAAAGUUUUUACCAUUACAUAUAAUAUAGAUCUAUUAUGAUU